AUGUCAGAACCUGAAAAUCUUGACUUAAACAAAUUGAAUCUCACCCGUACUUACACUCCAGAGGAACUUGAACAAAUUAACAAAUAUCUUAAAGUUCGUACUAAUUUUGAAGAUGGAAGGCUAAUCUCUCUUCCUCAAACUCCAAUUGCUCAUGAGGCUGUUGUACAUGAGAUUUCCAGACAACUUGGUAACUGGAAUAUUGAUACCUGCCAAAAUGGUGUUGUUACUACAUCUCAAGGGGCUUUUAAUUUUAGUACCACUGCUCCAAGAAAAAUCCGAGCACCACACGUUGCUUUUACGUCUGCAGAUACUUACAACUCACUUAAUGCAAAACAACUUUGGACUUUGCAUGGCCGACCUUUUACUCCCAUAUUUGUUGCUGAGGUUGUAAAUAGUACAAGUGAUCAAAUACUUAAUGAAGUUGAUAAUAGAUUCAAAAAUGAUUACUUUGCAAUGGGUACGUCUGUAGAGCUAGGAUGGUUAAUUGAUACAAAGAAAAGCAUGAUAUGUACUUAUAAGAAGAAUAAUAAUGAAAUUAUUCGUAAUAAUUGUAAAUGGGAAGAUUUAGAUGGGGGUGACACUUUACCAGGUUUUACUUUAAACAUAUCAAUAAUUGAAAAUAUUGUUUCACAGGAAUGUAAUGAAAUUGAAGAUAAAUGCCCUUAUUGUGAUAAACAUUUUUUUCAAGUUUUUGCUAUGUUAAAACAUAUAGCAAGAGAUUUUUUGGUUUCCCUCUUUUUUUUUGUAGGGUGGUUGCCGGACUUUUGGAGACUUAGACGAGCCUGGGAUACUGUCGUUAGACUCUUGGAAAGUGGAAACUUGGACGAACCUGGACUUAGAUCUAAUUAAUAUAAGGGAAGUUAGGCUUUUAAAUUAGGGUUUUCAUUUGUAUCAAAGAAAUAUAUUAUUAUUUCUUUUUUGUAUAUUUUUGUAAGAACAGCUUUUUUCUUAGGACUACUUCAAAUAUCUUAUAGAUACGUUGGUAUGCAUGGUAUUUUUAUUUUAAUAAAGAUUUUUGGGAGGGAAUGGACUUUUCAUAUUUGUAUUUUACUUUAUUUGUAUUUUAUUUAAUAAAGUACUAGUAAACAAUAGUGUAAAUUCAGUGACUAAAUCAUUAUAAAUUUGCGACUAAACCAUGUAAAUUCAGUAACCAAAUAAGUGUAAAUUCCGUGAUAAAAUCGUGCAAAUGAUACGUUUUUGUGAUACGGAAUUGCAUUUUUCCGUAUCCUCUCAUGAUACGUUAUUUUUAAGG